AUGUCAGGUUUUGCUGAUGAGAUUGCUGCAGAUAUAAUAUUUUCUAAGGAGGACACAGGAAGAUAUUUUUCGUUCUUUAUUGAGGAUAUUGGCCUUUAUCUCAGCACUGCAGAAUCUAGUUUGGUGCUGAAUUUCUCUGUGUGGCUAAAUGCAGACAUUCUGAGUGGACCAAUCAAUUCUACUACUCCACCAUUGCCUCCAGAUGUAUUUCUAUCGCUUUGCCAUCAAUACUUUCCUAAUGCUGUAUUAUCCUUGGGAUGGACUACUUACUGGUUCUCGACGUUUCCUCCUGACACAUGGCAUUAUGAGUGGAUACAUGUGAGAAAAAUGGCAGACACUAUUCGGUGUGCUUUUGAUAGCCGGUAUCCAUCUAUAACAUUUCCUGUUAGAGGAAUUUUCGCCUCAAGAUCCAUAGAACAAUUACAAUGGCUUUUAGGUGUCAUACCUGGAAGUACUUUGACUGUUUGGAAUUCAAAAUUCGAUGCUUUGGAAUUUCAGGAUCUCGUUAGGAUUCGGUCAUCUUUCCCUAAAGGUGCCGUUUAUUACGAUGUUCCAAACUCCGUCGGAGAAAUGUUUCGUGAGAAAAAAGACAAUAUUGUACCAUUGGAUGAAACAAAUUCACCAAAUGAUCAUCAGUGGAUUACACUUACCCAUGGACAAAGCGAUUUAUGCUCAUCUUUUACUUACAUGAUCAACAAUACCAUCGUUUUCGGAAGAUCGCUUACAACUGCAGUUCUACUAAAGAAUUUAAUCUUUCUAAAUAAUGAUAAUAAUCUAAAAGUGAAAGGCAGAGUAGUGUUUUUUAAAGACAAAGAUCAAGUAAUUACGGCUGCAGAAAGCACCCAUAGUCUUGCCAUCGUUUUGGUAGACGUGAAUUUGUUUUCUAAAGAAACUUCUAGUUCAGAACAGGAGAGGCUGGACUUAACUCAAAGCGAUACUGAUGUCUUGUGGUCGGCAUUCAACGCAUCUGAAGUUCAUAAAUUCGCUUACGAGUUUUCUGGUGAGGGUUCAGCUUGUAAACUGUUUAAUCUUGAUACCACUAAAAGCCGUUCUUUUGAUGCAUGGAGCAUUCCUUGUGAUAUUCUUCAUGAUGGUGUAUCUUUUAAAGAACUUGCUGAUGCUGGAGUUUCUGAAGUAUCUUCGAGAAAGAGGUUGGUUCUGCCACAAGGUCCUUUUAUGUUUGGUUUCGUAUCCACUGGAGAAGGAUAUGUUGCUAUAUAUGACUUGGAAAUAACUGGUAAAAAAGAGGAUCUUUCGACUGUUUCAUCAUCUUAUAUUAAUCUUUCCUCUACGCUAUUUAUCUCCUUCCUUUUAUCAUGUGUAUUGUCUUAUAUUUUUUUACGCCGAUGAUACUUUUAUAACAUCUAAGUGACUGUGAUAGCAGUGAAAGAUGUAUAAUGAAAAAAGUUCUUAAUUGUAAAAAAUAUAUUUUCUUAUUUUCUUU